AUGAAAAACCUAGCAGGGUAUGAGUCCAAGAUCACUCCAAAAUGGCUGGGACCAGUCACAAAGCCUGUCAAUGGCGAAACUGAGGAAAAAGUCACGGAAGCACAAAUGGAGAAUUCCGACACUCCAGAAGGUGAGUUCAAAGUGGAAGCAAUAGUAGACCAUCGAACCAGGUGUGGAAAGCAUCAAUUUCGAAUACAUUGGGCUGGAUACCCACCCCAUGAGGAUACCUGGGAACCAGAGGAAGCCCUAACAGAGGCUUCCAAAGCCUUAGAAGAGUACUGGAGAUCCAGAGCUCCCACUAGUGCACUAGUAGAGGACUCCUUGGUAGUCAGCUUUGCAGGCGAUGCCCCAGCUUAUGCUUCUGACCACCAAUGCUUCGUGGUUUAUCCAGACAAUAGCUCACAUGAUAAUCAUGCCCUCUCACCAGAAUGA